CAUGGCAUAACAUGUUGAAUGGUUGAAUGGACAUUGCUGGCGGUUCGGGCAGUUGUAGAUAGUAGUCGUGUUGUGGGAUUUGCUUUUACUCUUCGCUGGUUGCGACGAGUGUAGCGUAUUAUAUGUUGUGUAGUGUUCGAAGGCAUUGUGUGUUUUCGCCCGCGAAGGUUUUGGUUGUUUAUCUGUUCCGAAUGUGCGAACAGCGGACCAUAUUCCCUGCCGUUCUUUUGUUGCGAUUUGCUGUACGAAGAACUAAUCCUCCCGCAUGAAUCGUCCACUCUCGAGCUACGGAUGCGCCGGUUACCGUGACUACUCCAUCUGAAGCGUGGCUUCAGUUUCGUUUCGUGCACUUCAGUAUCCACAUUGCGCCUGAAUUCUGAAAUCAGUGGGUGCUUACUUUGGGCGCGAAUUCGCCCCAUCGCCUCGAAGCUAUGGGCACAUCUUCGGAAGACGUUCUUCUGAUGGUAAGUAAUGUGCGCUACAAGAAGAACAACGGGACCCUCUACUUGAUGGCAGAGCGCAUUGCCUGGAUGUUGGAGGGCAAGGAUUCCUUUUCCGUGAGCCACAAGUAUGCCGACAUCAAAAUGCAAAAGAUAUCGCCAGAGGGCAAGGCUAAAGUGCAGCUCCAAGUGGUUCUUCAUGGCGCCGAGGGUUCUGCGACCACCUUCCAUUUUGUCAACCCUCUAGGCACCCAGGCUCAAUUGGAAGACAGGAACAGCGUGAAGGAGCUGCUACAGCAACUGCUGCCAAAGUUUAAAAGGACUUUGAAUUCUGACCUUGAAGAAAAAAACAGGAUCCUUCAGGAAGACCCACGCCUGUUCGAGCUGUACAGGAACUUGGUUGUCAGCCGGGUGAUCACACCAGAGGAGUUUUGGGCCAACCACGCUCCAAAAAAGGCUGGGAGUGUUCAGGUGGCCCCUUCGUCACAACCCGUUGGAGUCUCAGCUGCGUUUCUCGUUGACGUCCAGCCACAGACAGAUGGCACAGAGGGCCUGAAGUACAACCUCACAGCUGACAUCAUCGACUCCAUAUUUAGGACCUACCCUGCCGUGAAGCGGAAACACCUGGAAAAUGUGCCCGAGCGCAUGACUGAAUCUGAAUUCUGGACGCGGUUCUUCCAGUCCCAUUACUUUCACCGAGACAGGCUCCACACAGGCACGCGAGACCUGUUUUCUGACUGUGCUCGCAGUGACGAAAAAGAUAUACAGGAGGCUAUUGCAAAAGGAUUCCGCGAUCCAUUUGUCGACAUCUCAUCUUUCCAAGACAUCGAAUCAUUUAAUGAACGAGACCUGCCAGGGUCGGUGACAUAUGCAGGGAGUGUAGCGAAUCACUCUAUGAUUCGUAGAUUUAACCAUCACUCCAUGAUGGUUCUACGUGCCUGUGGUGAUGACAAAGAUGCCCCUGUGGAACCUUCCCAAGAAGAAAACCCUGUUGCUGUCAAGCAUGCAAAAGUGUGGGAAAAGACGCAGCUGGAUGACCUGGUUGGCAACAGUGGGACUGGCAGUGGAUUGCCCGUGCGGCUGGGCCAGGGAGAGCGGCACCAACGAGGACCCACGACAGGUGACAGUUCGGCGACACCUGAGGCUCACGUGGCACCUAGCGUCCUGCAACGGGAGCUCGCGCAGUGGAACCCCUCUGGCCAAGGGAUACUGCCUGCUUCAGCUGCCCUCUCUGUCCUUGGUGAACUAUCUCCUGGUGGCGCCCUGAUGAAGAAUGCACAACAGGUGCCUCUCAAAGAUACAGUGAGCAUGGACGUGCAGCAAGACCUUCGCAGCAUCUACACGGCCCAGUUUGAGCUUCUGCGGCACUUCUGGACAUGCUUUCCCAGCACCAGUGCACAGCUUGAAGAAAAGGCAAUUAAUAUGAGGUCUACGCUGGAACGCUUCCAAUAUGCGCAACUUCAGCCUUUCCGAGACAAGCUGCUUCGUGAGCAUCACGCUCCUGAUUUGGCGGGCCACUUGGACGACCUUCUGCAGGCGGCCUACACGAAAUUUAGCAGCUGGCAGUCUCGUCGUUUGUCGCUAGGGCGAAGAUGACCGAUAGCACAGCUGUGGGGCGUCGUAUAAGGCAGAAAAAAAUAA